UUUGUAUUGCAGGGUCUGCUGCAAUAUUUCAACCUAGUAGAGGGCUGCUUAACGAUGAUUCAAGCACAUCAACGCCGGAACAACUUCACUUAUGACUGGAUAAUCCGUACUCGAGUUGAUGGCUACUGGAACGCCCCACUAUCUCCCGACGACUUCAUUCCAGGUGCCUACCUAGUUCCUCCAGGUUCAUCCUACGGUGGCUUAAAUGAUCGCUUUGGCCUCGGUGACUACAACACGUCUGUAGUUGCUCUUUCGAGGCUCUCUUUGAUUCCUGAGCUGGAUUCAGCUGGAUACCAUCUCCUCAACUCAGAGGGCGCAUUCAAGGCCCAACUGACUAUCCACAAAGUUCCCUACAUCACUAAGCGCCUCCCAUUCUGCGUUGUAUCGGAUCGUAGCUAUGAUUUUCCACCACCCCGUUUUGGUGUUCCAGUAGCAGCACUUUCUAGUCCAGGCCCAUUAAGUGGUGCCAAGUGCCGGCCUUGCACACCUUCAUGCACUGACCACUGCGUUGGGCUGGUAAUGAACAGACUGUACAAAGGAUGGAGCUGGACCGAUUGGGCCAAUAACACCCUUCUGCUCUGUGAUGCUCAUGCCGAGUGGGAGAGCGGGUGGCAGAAAUUAUUCGAUGAAGUGGCAGGUGAUAAACUGGCUGCAGCGAGAAGGCGAGUUGAAGAUUUAAGAAUGGAGCAAUGUGUGAGGGAUUUUGCAGAAAUGAAGAAGAAGACAGCUUAUUGGGAGGCUCCUCCAGUGUCUCAAAUUUGUCAAUUGGGCUUAUCAGCAUCUGCUUAACUUCAAAGCAAAAUCCAAUAUAGUAUAGGUAAACUAUGUAUAGUUUCUAGCCUUCCACGCAGCUUUUUUCUAUAUUUCAAUUCUUUAUUCCUUUUUCCUUCUUCGGGAAAAAAAACAACGUACCCAAUAUAAUACCGCAUAAUGGGGUUUGGGGUACGCAGACCUUACCCCUACCUUGCGAAGAUAGAGAUGUUGUUUUCAAUAGAACCUCGACUCAGGAAAGCUCGGGAAAACAAAAAAGAGUUCUAGAAAUACCUAGGUGUUUUUGUAGACAUGUUUUUUGGAAUAUUUCAACGGAUAUUACUAGUGCUUAGCUUUGUAGAGAAAGGAUUGCAGAGAAAAGGUAACAGGUUCCAGUUUUGGUA